AAUAUGGCGGCGCUUAGUUCCUGUAGGCGGAAACUGUGACUUCCGGUCCGUAGUGGGGCCUGCGGUGGGAGGGGGAAGGAAGGCGGAGGGAACCAUGAGAGGUUCUGAGAUCAGCCGCGAGGGUCGCCUCGAGAGACCGUUUCUGAGCAGGAAUUCUGAAAUCCCCACCACUUCCUCCGUCAGGGGGAUUUGAUCCCCCAUGGCCACCGCUAACAGCAUCAUUGUGCUGGAUGAUGAUGAUGAAGAUGAAGCAGCUGCUCAGCCAGGGCCCUCCCACCCACUCCCCAGCGAGGCCUCACCUGAGGCAGAAGCCCCUACCUCCUCUGAGCCUCAUGGGGCCAGAGGACGCAGUAGUUCGGGAGGCAAGAAAUGCUACAAGUUGGAGAAUGAGAAGCUGUUCAAAGAGUUCCUUGAACUUUGUAAGACGCAGACAGCAGACCACCCUGAGGUGGUCCCGUUCCUCUAUAACCGGCAGCAACGUGCCCACUCUCUGUUUUUGGCCUCGGCGGAGUUCUGCAACAUCCUCUCUCGGGUCCUAUCUCGGGCCCAGAGCCGGCCAGCUAAGCUCUAUGUCUACAUUAAUGAGCUCUGCACUGUUCUCAAGGCCCACUCAGCCAAAAAGAAGCUGAACUUGGCCCCUGCUGUCACCACCUCCAAUGAGCCUUCUGGGAAUAACCCUCCCACACACCUCUCCUUGGACCCCACAAAUGCUGAAAACACUGCCUCUGAGGCCCCAAGGACCCGUGGUUCCCGGCGGCAGAUUCAGCGCUUGGAGCAGCUGCUGGCGCUCUAUGUGGCAGAGAUCCGGCGGCUGCAGGAAAAGGAGUUGGAUCUCUCAGAAUUGGACGACCCAGACUCCACAUACCUGCAGGAGGCACGCUUGAAGCGUAAGCUGAUCCGCCUCUUUGGGCGACUAUGUGAGCUGAAAGACUGCUCUUCACUGACGGGCCGUGUCAUAGAGCAGCGCAUCCCCUACCGUGGCACCCGCUAUCCAGAGGUUAACAGGCGCAUUGAGCGGCUCAUCAACAAGCCAGGGCCUGAUACCUUCCCUGACUAUGGAGAUGUGCUUCGGGCUGUGGAGAAGGCAGCUGCUCGCCACAGCCUUGGCCUCCCCCGACAGCAACUCCAGCUCAUGGCUCAGGAUGCCUUCCGAGAUGUGGGCAUCAGGUUACAGGAACGACGGCACCUCGAUCUCAUCUACAACUUUGGCUGCCACCUCACAGAUGACUAUAGGCCAGGCAUUGACCCUGCGCUAUCAGAUCCUGUGUUGGCCCGGCGCCUUCGGGAAAACCGGAGUUUGGCUAUGAGUCGGUUGGAUGAGGUCAUCUCCAAAUAUGCAAUGUUGCAAGACAAAAGUGAGGAGGGCGAGAGAAAAAAGAGAAGAGCUCGGCUCCAAGGCACCUGUUCCUACUCUGCAGACAUCCCCAAUGCCUCCUUGGAUUCUGGUGAGGGCCCUAGUGGAAUGGCAUCCCAGGGGUGCCCUUCCACCUCCAGAGCUGAGACAGAUGACGAAGAUGAUGAGGAAAGUGAUGAGGAGGAAGAGGAGGAGGAGGAGGAGGAGGAAGAAGAGGAGGAGGAGGAGGCCACAGAUUCUGAAGAGGAGGAGGAUCUGGAACAGAUUCAGGAUGGUCAGGAGGACGAUGAGGAGGAGGAAGAGGAAGAGGAAGAGGAAGAAGCAGAUAAAGGUGGAGACAGGAGCCCCAUGUCCUCACCACAAAUCUCUACUGAAAAGAACCUGGAACCUGGCAAAGAGAUCAGCAGGUCUUCAGGGGAGGAGCAAAACAAAGGACUCACAGUGUCACCAUCACUACUGUCAGAAGAACCCCUGGCCCCCUCCAGCAUAGAUGCUGAAAGCAAUGGAGAACAGCCUGAGGAGUUGACCCUGGAGGAAGAAAGCCCUAUGUCUCAGCUCUUUGAGCUAGAGAUUGAAGCUUUGCCCCUGGAUACCACCCCUUCCUCUGUGGAGACGGACAUUUCCUCUUCCAGGAAGCAGUCAGAGGACUCCUCCACCACUGUCUUAGAGAAUGGGUCAGGCACGGUAUCUUCUACUUCCUUCAAUGGAGGCGUCUCUCCUCAUAACUGGGGAGAUUCUGGGCCCCCCUGCAAAAAAUCUCGGAAGGAGAAGAUGCAAACAGGAUCAGGGCCAUUGGGAAACAGCUAUUUGGAAAGGCAAAGGUCAGUGCAUGAGAAGAAUGGGAAAAAGAUAUGUACCCUGCCCAGCCCACCUUCCCCCUUGGCUUCCUCGGCUCCGGUUGCUGAUUCCUCCACGAGGGUAGACUCUCCCAGCCAUGGCCUGGUGACCAGCUCCCUCUGCGUCCCUUCUCCAGCCCGGCUGUCCCAAACCCCCCAGGCACAACCUCCCCGGCCUGGUACUUACAAGACGAGUGUGGCCACACAGUGCGAUCCAGAGGAGAUCAUCGUGCUCUCAGACUCUGAUUAGCUGCCUCCCAUUCUCCCUGCCUCCAAAAUGUUUUGGGAUAGCAUUUGGAGGAUGGUGGGAAGCAGAUGACUGAGGAAGGGAUGGACUGAGCUAAUCCCCUGUUGGUGUUUCUUUAAAAAAAAAAAA